AUGCCCCGGCCGUCCACACGUGCAAUCGGCCUCGCAUUCGAAAACCACACCCAGCGCUUCUUGAAUGGCGACCUGCGCAUGGCUCUUGCGCACGUGGGUGGGCGAGGGGACGGCGGCGUCGACCUGCGCGGGUUCUGGUGGGUGCCGCGACGACCUCGGCGCAGGGUGAGCAAGGCCGAGGGGAGCGGCGCGGCUGGCAAGAGUGAGGGCGAGGGGAGCGGCGCGGCUGGCAAGAGUGAGGGCGAGGGGAGCGGCGCGGCUGGCAAAAGUGAGGGCGAGGGGAGCGGCGCGGCUGGCAAAAGUGACGGCGAGAAGGAGGGAGGACGGGUCUGGAAGCCUCCGCCUCCACCAGGACUCAAGCGCGAUGGCACGCCUGGCGCACGGAUUCGGCCUUUCCGGGUUGUGGUUCAGUGUAAAGCUGAACGGCGCGCUUUGGGGCCGCGCAUCGUGCGCGAGUUUGAGGGGACGUUGGGACAUUUGGCCGCGCAAGACGCGCGCGUCCCAAUGAUCGGUGUGCUCUCAAGCCAGAGCGGGUUCAGCCUCGCAAGCAUGGAACAUGCCGUUCGAACGCGCGUGCCUCUCCUUCUUCUACAUCUGGAGGGUGGCCGGCCGGACGAGGAGGCUGGCCUCGACGAUCGACCCGAGCCCGAGCCAGAACCGGAACCGGAACCGCAACCCGUCGAUGGAGGCCCCACGAUUCCAGUCACUGGAGCGUGGUGGAACGCAUCGCUUGGUACCCUGCUGGCCGACGCAGGGAUCCAACUUCGUCGCGAGAUCGUUGGGGGAGGCACGCGUGUCGGCGUGUUGACAGCCGGCGAGCGGAUGGGACGGUAUGGUCCGCCGGCGCCAUAG